UGAGCAGAGGUCGGAUUCAAACCUUGCUGAUACAAAAUUGUCUUUCUUAGAAAGCCUUUUAGCCUAAUGUGAAACUUCUCAACACAAAUCAAGACUAGUCACCUCAUCUAUUGAGAAGAACAUCAUUGAGCAGUUAAGGUAUAUAUAUGGUAAUGAAAUCAUAACCUUACCAUCACAAGCUCGGGAUCUUAGUAGCCCUGUUGAUUUGCAACUUGAAUUCUCAUUAUAUUGGUGAGGGUUCGAUUACCCACCUCGUAAUCCUCUCACCCAUUUCCUAUUUCCCCUCCCGGUACCCUUAUGGAAUUAUAACAAUAAUAAUAAAUAAAAAUAAACAGUCAUAGGCGACCAUCGAUUUUCUGUGUAUUUGAAGAAUCAUAUGAACAGACCCAGUCGAUAAAAAUGGAAUCACAGCCAGCAUCACCGGGAUUUGGAGCGUCACUGCAACUGAAGGACUGCAUAGAAGAGCUGGUGAGAUGCACACUUGUUUCCUCCAUUGACGGCACUCUUGAAAUUGACUUAGGUCUCUCCAAAGACUACUGCUCCACCCUCUUACAAGAAGAUCCCUCCGACCCCUUUUCCAAUCCGACUGGUCAUUCUGAAGGAGUUCCGUUAUAUCCUUUAUACAAGCAUCUUGCAGCAUCCUUAUACAAGGCUAUUUCUUCUGAAGCCUUGCCAAGGACAGAAAACAAACUUGUAGUAAUGCAAGAAACUAGUUAUCUGAAGCAAAAGGAAGAAGAGUGGUCUAGUCUGAUUAAGGAAAAAGGUUCUCAUUUGCUCAAUGUGCUAAAAUCUGUGGACUUUGAACUCCAUGUUCAGGAGCCUUACUUCUCCCAGCUUAGAAAUGGACAAAAAACAGUUGAAGGAAGGUGUGCUGUUGGACACUAUAAUAAAAUUGAAUCAGGUGCUUUCAUCCUCGUCAACAAAUGCUUAGUUCUUCAAGUUCAGGAUGUCCGUCAUUAUCAUUCCUUUUGUGAGAUGCUAGAAGCAGAGAGUCUUAAAGAAGUUCUUCCUGGAGUGGAUACCACUGAAGAAGGUGUCCAAGUUUACCGGAAAUUUUACUCAGUAGAGAAAGAACGGUCAAAUGGUGUUCUUGCUAUCAGUGUGAAGAAGCUGGUUUCUCAGCCUUCCAUUGAUCUGGGCUCCAUGCUCUCUGAACUGAGCUAUGCAGGUGUUCAGAGGCUUUUAGGAUUCGUAUGUACAGUUGGAACAGUAUCUGAGGCACUUCCACCGCCAACAUCUUCUCUAAUCUCAUCAUUUCUGUUGCCACAUAAUCCAAAUGCUAAAGGUUGUAUGCUGACUGAUGGAGCAAGGGCAUUGUCAAAGCACGUUAACAGGAGCAGCGACAAAUACUGGGGUAGUUUUUCUGGAAGUGAUUCCGAUAAAAAUAGAGUCGCCCUGGAUGUCAUCACCGACUUAAUAAAUCGUUGCUGCUGGAUGAAUGUGCAUAUUGUUCCACCACAUGGUGUUGUUUUUGAGAUAAGAGUUGUUAAUGGUUACGGUGCACGGUGGUCAAAAGAUGGAAGUAAGUUUAUUGGUUUCCUUGAGCCGUAUAUGGAGGAUGGGCAUUCAAAGGGAUGGAGGCACGGAAUUGCAGAAGAUACCGAUAAUCUGAGUUAUGUUGUCGUUAAUAUGAAUAGAGAACAAACGAGCAUGUCUCAAUUCUAAGCAACGUUGGAAAAAAUGUUCUAGUUAUAGGACUAUGACCAAAUGCUAUUCUUAAUCACGACCGAUUAACCUAACUAGUGACGGAGGCAGAAAUUUCUCCAAAAAUUGAUCUUUUAUAUAUAAUAUAAUUUUCUGUGAAGUCCAUUUCACCUA